AUGUUUCUGACAUUAAAUGUGACACCAGUUUUGAUGUUGUUCAGUGGUAUAAAUGGCAGUGAAAAAGUACAGUCGAAGCUCAAUGUUGUUUUAAUCAUGUUAGACGAUUUUCGAGGUGGAAUUGGAGCACUUGGUGAUAAACUUGCGAAAACACCAAACAUGGAUUUGUUGGCACAAAGAAGUUUUUACUUUCCACAUGUUUAUGCCAGUCAAGCACUCUGUGCACCAAGUAGAAAUUCGAUGUUGACUUCUCGACGUCCCGACACGCUACUGACUUAUAAUUUUCAGCAUUAUUGGCGAACAUUUGUCGGAAAUUACACAACAUUGCCUCAGUACUUCAAGGAGAACGGAUAUCGGACAGAAUCAGUUGGAAAAAUAUUUCACCACGGGCCAUCAUCAAAUAAAACUGAUGAUUUUCCUUACAGUUGGUCAAAUCCAACUUAUAUUCCAUCAACUCAAGACUACAGGAAUAAACCAGUUUGCAUAGGUGACGAUGGCAAUCUCAGAAGAAACUUGAUAUGUCCAGUUGUUGUGAAUCUUCAGCCUGAAUCAACGUUGCCGGACAUUCAAGUGGCAAAAAAGGCACGAGAAUUUCUCAACGAAAGCCACGAUAAACCUUUUUUUCUCGGCGUUGGUUUUUACAAGCCUCACAUUCCUUUUAAAUUUCCAGCUGAAUAUCUUGAUCAACAUGACAUAAACAACUUCAAAAGGGAUCUGAUAAGGCCAAUUGACAUUCCCGAUGUAGCUUGGAAUCCUUAUAAUGAUUUAAGAGAACGCGAUGAUUUCAAAGCACUUAACGUUAGCUUCCCGUUCGGACCAGUCCCAAGUGAAUUUGCUGCUAAGAUUAGACAACAUUACUACGCUUCAGUUACUUAUGUGGACGAUUUAAUUGGUGGUGUCUUAGAAUUCGUGGACUUUUCAAACACAAUUGUGAUUCUAACUUCUGAUCAUGCUUGGUCAUUAGGUGAACAUUCAGCUUGGUCUAAAUUCAAUGAAAGCGAUCACUUUGCUUUCAGUCAAUAUCCAAGACCGGGAACGUUUCCAUCAAAAUCACCAGACAGCGAUCAACCGAAGCUUCGCGAAAUUAAAAUUAUGGGCUACAGCAUAAGAAGUAAACAAUUUCGAUAUACAGCAUGGAUUAAAUUUAACAGCAAGAAGUUUAAGCGAAAUUGGCGUAAGAUUUACGGUGAAGAAUUAUAUGAUCAUAGCUUCGAUGAUGAUGAGAACAUCAACUUAGCACAUCGUUUUGGAUUUGAAGAUAUCAAAAAUGAGUUUAAGCAACGCCUCAUGCAGAAGUUUCCAUGA